CUGCUGCCCACACACAUUGCCCCCGCCCCGGACGGUUGCCACGGACGUCAUUUCCUGGAUUUUUAAACUGCGGACGGCGCGCCCCGCGGCUCUUGAUUGGCUGCUUCUGCCGCUGCUGUUGUAACGUCACACGGUGGUCUGCGGCGAUGGCCGAAAGUGGCGGUGAUGCGAGCCUGUGGAACGGCGGCGGCAGGGGCCCGGGCCCGGGUCCGGGUCCGGGCCGGCACCAGAAGAGCCUCGGGCUGCUCACUACGCGCUUCGUGUCGUUGCUGCAGGAGGCCAAGGACGGGGUGCUGGACCUCAAGCAGGCUGCCGAUAUACUUGCAGUAAGACAGAAAAGAAGAAUCUAUGACAUCACCAAUGUAUUAGAAGGAAUUGGCUUAAUUGAGAAGAAAUCAAAAAACAGCAUCCAGUGGAAGGGUGUUGGUCCUGGUUGCAAUACUAAGGAAAUCAUUGAUCGAUUGAGAUACCUAAAGGCAGAAAUUGAAGAACUGGAAACAAAGGAAAAAGAACUAGAUCAACAGAAAAUGUGGCUACAGCAGAGUAUUGAAAACAUAACGGACAGUACACAUAAUAAUAGAUUGGCAUAUACAACUCACGAAGAUGUCUGCAAUUGCUUUCAAGGUGAUACACUUCUCGCCAUCCAGGCCCCUUCUGGUACACAACUGGAAGUUCCAACUCCUGAACUGGGACCAAAUGGACAAAAAAAAUACCAGAUUAAUUUGAAGAGUCAAUCGGGACCCAUUCAUGUUCUUCUCAUUAAUAAAGAAUCUAAGUGCUCGAAGCCUGUUGUAUUUCCAGUUCCUCCACCAGAUGACCUAAUGCAACCACAACAAGGUCUUGGAAUGCCAUCAACCCCUCAAAAAUUCCCUUUGACUCCACACUCAAACCGAGUUGCCUCAUUAAAGGAAUCGUACGUUGCUCAGGUUCCAUUAUCCAGGCCGUCUUCUGAUUGUGGUAUCCAGUUACCUAGUAUUGCACCAGAAGCCCCAUACUCCAAUGUGGCAGAUGCACCAGAAGUUUAUAGAGGGAUGACAACCGAAUCACUACAGAACAUGCGUGAGCAAAAUGGAUUGCAGUCACUGCUUCCAGUAGAUGUUAGUAGCAUUCUCAAACAUCCAUCAACAUCAUAUGAGCAGAUAAAGACAGAAGAGUCAAGUGCUACUCUUGAUGGGGAUAUAAUGGACGAAUUUAUAUCAUCAGAUGUGUUUCCUCUUCUUCGACUUUCUCCUCCACCAGUUGAUGAAUACAGUUUCAACCUGGAUGAAAAUGAAGGUGUCUGUGAUCUUUUUGAUGUACAGAUCUUGAAUUGUAGAUUUUAACCAAUGCAACACACAUUCUGAGAUGUCAAAUCUACCUCUGGACCACCAGUCAGCCUUCAGAAACUACAUUAUUCCAAUUUGUGAAGUUCUGUACUGCAUUUUCAAGACUAAAGUUUAAGGUUCCUGAACUUGUGUCCUUUUAUAUGUUUAAGUCUUACAUGGACAUUUUUAUACAAUGGUUCAGUUUGUUUUAUAACACUGCCACAUGGCACACAAUAGAAUUGAAUGUGAUACUGCCAAGGAAUAAUCUCCUUAAUGUUAUUACAGAAGUAUUUGCUUCACAAAUGACUUUUCUACUACCUUUAUAAAUAGGGUGGCAGAAAAAAAAAAUUUUAUACACUGCACACUUUUUAAGUGCCUUUUGAUUCUUGCACUUUAGGAGAGAUUUUUGUCUUGUAAUAUAAUGGACAGGGAAACCUGCCUCAUCUUAGAACUGAUUUAAGUAGUCUCCUAAUGUGUUUUUCUUUAAGAGCAUUAGACCAAUUUCACUGUACUUCUAUUAAUCCAGCACAUUUUCAGAUCCGAAGAGAAGUAUGUUUUAAAGGAGGAUAUUUAAAAGCUGAAUGUGCCCAAAAGACCUAACAUUAACCAUCUGGAAUGUUUUUCAUUCCUACAGCAUAUACUAAAAUGUACUGGUGAGUAGGAUUCACAUCAAUAUGAUUAAUCAAUGAUUGGAUUAUAACAAAUAUGGAGUAAAUAGAUUGUGUUUUGGUAGCUUAUUCUUAAUUAUGCAAAUAACUGUAAAUUUGCCCUAUCUCCUCCAGCUUUCAGUUGGAUUUGUGAAAUAACUUUGACAACUAGUUAGUCUAAGUGAUUGUUUGGGCUUAGCUACAUCUCGCAAAAUGUUUACAUUUGCAUUUAAUACAUGGAUAAAGUUAUCCAUUGGAGUGCCUGUAGUGUAGAAUUACAAGCAAGAAAGUUCUUUGUACUAUUCAGUUUUUAU